UCACAGUUUUUAACUUCUCUUCAGUUUUCGUUCUGCCCUCUCUUUUCAGGUGCGUUUGUUCCCUUCUCUAGCACUCCUCUUCCUUGCUUCGCCAUAGAAUCUCUGUUUCUUUAACAAAAUCAACGCCUUCUCUCUCGCUGAUCUAUUUCUUCUAUAUUUGCGUAAUAAGCAGAAACACGCAUAGCAGUAGUGCCGAUCUACAUUUUAAACCCUAAAUCUUCAUUUUCUUUUUCUGUAUUUUCUUUUGAAUUGUCUCUAGGGUUAGCUAACCUGCAAGUUUCAGCCUUUCAGGUCCACUAGCAUUGAUGCUCACUGUGAGUUGAAGCCAGAUUCAUUGCACCAUGGGUUUUGAUAAUGAGUGCAUAUUGAACAUUCAAUCUCUGGCUGGGGAGUAUUUCUGCCCUGUUUGUCGUUUACUAGUCUACCCAAAUGAAGCAUUACAGUCACAGUGUACUCACCUAUAUUGUAAACCCUGUUUAACUUAUGUUGUGAGCACUACCCGCGCUUGUCCCUAUGAUGGUUUUUUGGUGACAGAAGCAGAUUCCAAGCCACUUAUUGAAUCAAACAAAGCACUUGCUGAAACCAUUGGCAAGAUAACAGUUCAUUGUCUAUACCAUAGAAGUGGAUGCACAUGGCAGGGUCCUUUGUCUGAAUGUACUUCUCAUUGUUCUGGAUGUGCCUUUGGCAAUUCUCCUGUUGUAUGUAAUAGGUGUGGAAUUCAAAUUGUGCAUCGCCAAGUGCAGGAGCAUGCACAAAAUUGUCCUGGUGUGCAAUCUCAAGCUCUUACUGAGGCUACCCAGGAUGCCGCAACAACAGGGACAACAGCUGCAGCAGAUCAGGCCCAGGCAACCACUCAGGCUCAGACAUCUCAGACCACCACAUCCUCGUUGCCUGUACCGGAUCCCAGUCAACAAGUCAACCCAACUACACAGCCGCAGUCUGUAGUGCAGGCUACUGUGCCCACAACGGAACAGUGGUUUCAACAGCAGCAACAAUAUCAGCAGUACUAUCAGCAGUAUCCUGGAUAUGACUUGUAUCAACAGCAUUAUCAGCAAUACUACCCUUACCAACAACAUGCAGUUCCACAGUAUCCACAACCUCAGGCUUAUAUGCAGCCUCAGACCCCUCACCCUCAGCUUCAGUCUCAACUGCAAGGUCAACCUCAGGCUCAGCUGCAAACCCAACAUCAAUCACAUCCAAACAUUCAGCUCCAUGCUGCUGCUCAAACCCAAAGCCAGCCACAAGUCAAUCCGCAGCAACAAACCACGGGUCAACCACAAUCUCAAAUACAAUCUCAGACACACCCCACUCCUCAUGGCCACCCACAUCCUCAGGCUCAGUUGCAGCCACAAGCACAGUCUGUCCAACAUCAUGCACAGAAUCUACAGAUACCCCAGCAACCUCAUACACAGAUGCAGCAUCCACAACCCCCAGUUCAGGCGCAAGCUCAUUCUCUGCUUCAUCCUCAGCAUCCUGUCCCUCAACCACAACCUCAUUCACAAGGGCUGCAGCAAACACAUUCGCAACAUCCUGUGCAGUCUCUUGCACAACAUCUCACUUCUCAGCCAAAUCAGCCAGUGAAUCCUCAUCUUCAGCCUCAGCUGCAGCAUUCAUCAGCAAAUGCAGUGACAGGCCAUCACUCUUAUUCACAACCACAGCCUCAACAGCAAGUGCAGUUGGGAGGUCCACAACAUGCUGUGCUUAUGUACCCUCAAGGUGGGCCUCAUCCACAGAACCAACACCCCAUUCAAAUGCCGGGUCAGUUUCCUCAACAACCUCCUUUUUUGCGUCCACCACAAUCUCAUGUUCCAGUUCAAAACUCUCAGCAACCUGGUUUGUUGCCUUCACCAGGUCAAGUGCCUAAUGUUCCUCCUGCACAACAACAGCCAGUGCAGUCUCAUCCUCACCAACCUGGACUUCCUGUGCAUCAACGCCCUGUUUUACAGUCAGUUCAGCAGCAAUUUCAUCAACAGCAUUCUCAGCAGCCAUUUUCUGGUCAAGCACUGGGACCAGUUCAGAAUCAAAUGCCUCAGCAAGGCACUUAUCUACAACAACCGCUGCAUAUGCAGUCUCAGUUACGUCCUCAUGGGUUGCCACAAUCCUUCCCGCCUUCUCAUGCCUACCCACAAUCCAUACCACAUGGCACGCCACCCUAUCAAGCCCAAAAUCUUGGAGGAAGGCCCAUGAUGCCACCUUAUGGAGUCUCAACAAAGCCACAUCCACCCGCGCCUGUUGGCAUGCAAGCAAGGGCAAUGCAGGGAGGUUUAGGCCAGCAAUCAGGAAAUGCCCUGAGGACCAACAACCAAGAUCAGUUGGCUUCUGAGCAACACACUGGGGCUACUUCAAGACCAAUGCCUGAGAGACAAGGUGAUCAGAUAAUUGAUAAAGGUUCUGAAGCUGAAUCAACUUCUCAUAAAAAUGCUAAGAGGGAUCCAUAUGAUUUAGAUGUUGCGGCUGGUAUUGGGGCUGAUUCUGGUGAGGUAAAAACCAUAAAAUCUGAAAGUGAUUUGAAACCAGUAAAUGAUGACAAUAAACCCAUGGGCGAGAUCAAGGAUAUUUCAGAAUCACUUGGAGCUGAAAAUGGUGAGAAGUUUAUUAAUCAGGUAAAGAAAGAGCCGAAAGAGGGCACUAAUGACCAGAAAGGCGUUUCUAAUGCCAACCGUAAACAAGUGGAACAUUUUGUGUCAGAAGACAAAGAGACUAUGGGUGGGCCUAUGUUGAAAACCCCUCCCUUGCAGGAAGGCGAUCAUCUUGAAGACCAGAGUAUGAAAUCACAGGACAGGAAUGUGACUCCUCAACUUUCUGGAGGCUUUCCUUUGCAUGGUCAGAUGCAAGGAGAGAACUUGCUACAGCCCUCUCAUGCAGUUCCCAUUGCUGACCAGGGAAAGCAAGAGCCUUCUCUAACUCCACACGGGCAUUCUACCUUUCAACAAAGGCCUGUUGGGUCCUCAUCGUUACAAGCACCUCCUCCCGGACCUCCACGUCACACGCAAUUACCCGGGCAUCCUUCUGCUCCAUUGAGGCCUUUGGGUGCUGGACUUACACCUAAUUCAGGACAACCUUUGAAUCCGCCCUCUGAAUAUUUCCAGCAACCUCUGUACCAGCAAUCUCAUGGUUCUGAUGUCUCACCUACUGGAGAUCCAGGUUCUACAUCAGUCUUUGGGAGAGGACCAAGUCAUUAUGGUCCACAAGGACCUUACACUCAAGGUGAAAGGAGGCCAUCAUAUGGACAUGAAUCUGACAUGUUCCCGAAUCAUACGGCCAAUUUUAUGGAUGGCAGGAGACUGGAUCCACUUGGGCAUCAACCUGGCAUGCCCCCAAAUAUGAUGAGAAUGAAUGGUGCCCCAGGGCUGGACUCCUCAUCAGGCCUUGAAUUGCGGGAUGAUAGGUUUAGGCCCUUGCCAGAUCCAAGUCGAAUUGUUGAUCGGGGAGAGUUUGAAGAAGAUCUGAAGCAUUUCCCUAGGCCUCCUCAUUUGGGUACUGAAAAAUAUGGGAGUCACUUCCCCUCUUCAAGGGCCCUUGAUAGGGGACCUCAUAGUUAUGGCAUGGAUUUACCGCCAAAACCUCUUGACAACGGACCACAUGGUCUGAAUUAUGAUUCUGUACCCCCAGGUGGCUCUGCCCCUCCAAGAUUCUUUCCUCAUCGUCAUGAUGGUAUGAUGCAUCCCAAUGAUUUAGGAGAAAUACCAGCUGGUUUUCAAGACAAUGUUGUGGGCAGGCAGCCAGAUGGUCGAAAUCACCCUGAUAUUUUUGGACCUCCUCCUAGAUAUGGUCGCCGACAUAUGGAUGGUAUGGCCCCUAGAAGUCCAAGUCGAGAUUACCCUGGCUUUGGUGCCUUCCAUGGCCUUGAUGAUAUUGCUGGUAGGGAGUCGCGUCGAUUUGGUGAUUCAUAUCAUGGUAAUAGGUUUCCAGUUUUACCCAGCCAUUUGCGCAGGAGUGAGUUUGAGGGUCAUGGUCAAGAUGUGUUUCCUAAACAUUUUCGGAGGGGUGAACAUUUGGAUCCUCAUGAGCUGCCUAGUCACAUCCGAGAGCCGAUUGGUUAUGGAGCUUCGCGGAUGGGAGAAUUGACUGGACCAGGGAACUUCUUUCAUCCACGGCUUGGUGAGCCGGGUUAUAGGAAUAGCUAUUCCCUUAAGGGAAUUCCUGGUGAUGGUGGAAACUAUACAGGUGAUUUGGAGUCUUUUGAUGGUUCCAGAAGGAGGAAAUCAUCUAGCAUGGGGUGGUGUCGAAUUUGUAAAGUUGACUGUGAAACUGUGGAGGGCUUGGACCUGCAUUCACAAACAAGGGACCAUCAAAAGAUGGCUAUGGAUGUGGUUUUAACAAUCAAGAAGAAUGCGAAAAAGCAGAAGUUAGCUCCCAGUGAUCAUUCCUCACUUGAUGACACAAGCAAGUCAAGGAAUGCCAGUUUUGAAGGCCGUGGUGGAAAUAAGAAUUAAGUUGUAGUCUUGCAAUCUGGACUGCUAGGUGCUUUGCUGACUGAGGAUUGAGUUUGUUGCUUUGAUAUAUCUGAACUUGGUGACUUACAUGAUCCAACCUUCUGUGCCUCUGCACUCAUGGCGGUUUUGCUACUCUUGUCAUUUCAGCGUGUUGCCACGUUAAAAGGAGAUGUUUUUCAGACCUGAAGUUCGGUGGCAAUUUUUUCAAUUCGACCUGUCUUUUUACGGCUGAAGCAGACAACAAAAAAGACUGAAAGUUCAGCGGAAAGGUUUACUCAAUCAUCUUGUUUAGAUUGGUAAGGUUGUGUUCAGUGUACAGAUGUAAGUAGUGAACUUUUGCUCAAUAGCAUUGACGUUUAUUGAAUUUCUUUUUUGUCAACUUUUAGUAUUUUUUUUUUAAUUGGUGAAGAGCUUAUUUACUUCAAUAUUCAAGUGGAAACUAUAUUUGGAUGAUCUUUGUGAUCAUCAGAAAAUGGAGUAGAAAACAUAAGCUACCAUGUUAGAAAUGUUCCUUGGCCUAUUUGAAUCUGGGGGUGUUGAUUUGUACAUUACCCUUCUUUUGCCUGAUGGAGUAUUGCUUAUCUGCUCUUCUUAAUGAGAAAUUUAACUUUUAGGAUUUUUUUCUCCUUUAGAUAAACAUUUGCUUUGUCUUGCCCUUCGUUAUUACUUGAGAAAUUUAAUAAUUUUGCCAGACGUAGUCUGUUACUUAUCAAGACAUAAUCUAUCUGAACUCCUAGUGUAUUUUUCUUAUUAUCACUUGAAAUUUGAGAAGUUUGAAUAUGUGAUUAGCCAUAAGUAAUCACUCGAGAGUAUUCUAAUGCUGCCCUUCUCUCUUAAUUAGCAAUUGUCAUAACUCUUGGGAUGAUUUUUCUCAUUUAGAUCAAUGCUUACAGUUCAAUUCUCAUCAACUGAGAAGUUUUAAUAAUUUGCCAAAUGUGAAUUCAGGUUGCUAGUGUAUUCAUUCCUUAAGGUCAGGUCUAACCUUAACAUGAGUAGUGAAAUAUAUAAAUGAUUUUAUUGUUAUAUAUGCAAAAUUGUGGAAGUCAUUUAGGUUUCCAAUUGCCUGAAAUGUUUAUUUCUGCUGUUGGAUCUUUCACUUAGGAAUAGUGGUGUAGUUCCUUUAGAUAGGCUUGAUUGGGGUGUUUUGGAACAGCUAGGGUUGAGCCUUCUUUGGAAACAAAAACUACCUUACAGAUUUUAUCAGGCCAGUAUGAAAAAAUAUAAAAUUAUCUAUUUGGACAAAAUGCUGUUUUAGUCAGUGUUCAGAUUCUAUCAUCUGUAUUAGUCUAUGGAUAAAUCUACCAGGAUCUGCUGUUGCCUCUUCAGUCUUUUUGAUAAAAUAUGCAAUAUUAUGUAUGUGUGUACUUUUUUUUUUGGUUAAAGUAAUUAACUUUCUGGUCAUUAAAUUAGAACAAAUGUUUCCAUUGAUCAUCUGUUUGGGCCGUAUGAAGGACCAUAGGAUUUUUUAUGCUACUUUAUGUUUUCUACUUCAUUACUUAGAUGGCAUCCUGAAGUUUUAGGCUCAAACUAUAAUGGUACAUCACAGAGCAUCAUCAUCCUCUUUUGUUCUUUACCAGCAGAAUGCAUUUUAAGGAAGAAAAAAUGCUGAAAAGGCCCUGUAUAGAGGUACAUUUUUGGUCAAUAUACACUGGCAUGGAUGUUGUAAAACAUUGAAUGGACAAAAAGAAUGUGUAAUGUUUUAUGACCAAAAUAUCCUGGCAUGCAAAUUUGAAUUAGCUAUUAAACCUAGUAAUUUUAAUAAUGUUUUAAUGAGAUUUAUAGUAUAACUCGUAAGUUAUAACUGAAUUUUGAUUGGUCAAGCUAAUACAUAAUAUCUUUGUAUUUCAUUGUUGUAUCAUUCAGUAACAUAUAAUUCCUGUGCCUAUAAUUGACAUAACAUUGUAGUACUUAAUUUUUAAUUUAUGUCCUUUUUGAAUAUGUAUGAUGCAUCAUAUAUAUUUUUUUAGAAUUCCUGCUAGCAUAAAAUCAUAAAUUUUUAGGAUAUAAAAUUGUAAGUUGUAAUAAUGAAAUGUUAGAAAAUGUAUUUAGAAAUAUCAAUUAUAAUCUCUACAUUAUAGUCAAAGUCAAGGUAUGAUUGAAAAUAUCCAUGAGGAUGCAAAUAAAAAUUCACUUCUUGCUGGAUUACAUUGAAAUCUAAAGAUAUUCUGUUGUGAUUUUUAUCAUUCAAUGGAAUCAAAAAUAAAAAUUGGUCUAAAAUCAAAUACAAAAUAAUUGAAAUUUAUUGACAAUAAAUAGGUCAUUAUUUUGAGUGCAAAAUAACAAUAGUGGUAUUGGUUUUUUUUUUUUUUAUUUACUUUAGAUAAAUAUAUACAAUAUAACAUCUUAAAAUUUUAAAUUAUUGGUAAAUGAGAGAUUACUCUGAGGAAUUUGUUUCCCUUGUACUCGCGUUCAUAAAUAUAUGUAGAUAUGCAUAUAAAACCUUUAUAAGUUUAGUGAUCACCUUUUUGAGAUAAAAGCACUAAAGAUAACACAUGGCCAAAAAAUAAAAAGUGAAUGUUCCUUUUACUGAAAUAACAUGUUAUACUUGUAAUGUUACAUAAUUUUGUUCGAUGUGAUAAAAUAUUGCAAAGAAAAAGAGUCUGAAAGUAGUUUAACAUUGAUAUAUCUAUGACAUACUUGUGAAUAUGUUACAUCAAUGUUAACUGACAUUUGAAAUUAAUUUUUUUUUAAUAAUAGAAAAACAAAUACUUUGUUUUUGUUGAAUAGCACCUGCUACUGCAAGUGGCAAAAGGCUGUAAAAUUUGGGCUGCUUUGAACUUAAACAUAUAAACUUGCAUAAAACGACCCAGCUAAUUUGCUAUAAAUUCUUUAUACCAAAAACCUAACAAAUCCAUUUAUCAUAGUUGGCUUGGCAUUACUUGCUGUAAACCUGCAUAACUAGCAACCGCUUUGUGGAUAUACUUGUAACUUGUUCAAUGUUCAAAAGGCUUGAAUAGGUUAACGUGCAGUAGUAGAAGACUGGAUUUUGAUUGCUUUUCAAUUGAAUUUUGCCAUUAUUAUUAUUAUUAUUUCAAGAUAUCUUAUGCUUCAUAAAAUUCUUUGUCAUCUCUUCAUACUGCAAAAACUGGGGCUUUACUUGAAGCUAAUGGGGAGCCUUUUUGAACGUUGGAUGGACUUCAAAACCCUGCUUGUACAUACUGUGUUUUCCAGGUUUGUUGUUAUUAUUCCUGAACAUUCUCAGUUAGAAUCAUCCAUUUAGAUAAUCACUCUCCUGUCUGGCUAUUCUUCAUCAUUUUUGGCAUUAAUUUUAUAUCCAGCUGCUUCAGUGGUCUUGUGAAUUUGAAAAGGGUCUCUUGAGCUUGCUAUUGCUUCAAAUUAGUGGAAUGCAGAAGCAUACAUGUACAAACUAUAUCAAAUUGAACAUUUAUGGUGGACACUUUAUUUUUUCAGCCAUUAUUGAUUUCAUGUAGUUCAUAUGGCCUAUGAGCAUUGGCUCCAGUUGUAUGUGUUUUAUGGUGAAAUGUCAUGGUCAAGCAGAAAAGAAGAUAUUUAAAUGGUGCUAGAUGAAGAUAAUAGCAUGGCGAUAGAAAGAUAUUAUUAUCCUCUCACCUAUCAGAGACAUGCUCAUAUGUGAAUUGGUAAUGAAUGGUGAUUGUUUGUUUAUUUGUAGCAGGUUUUGAUUAUUUCUGUUCAUAAGACUCUGUAAACCGUAAUAUUUUUAGUUCCCAAUUAAAAUCUUGGUAAAACAAAUUUAAAUAUAGCUUAAUAUUUCUCAAUUCAAAUGGAAGAAAGUGUAAAAGGCUUAAACAAUUUCUUUAGUCGAGGAUAUAUGUUGUCUUAACUGUGAUCCAAAAGGUGAUUAACAUAAAAAACUCUGCCUCAUCAAUAUUUUGUAACAAUAGAUUCCAAUAAAUGAAGCUUAGUUACUAAAUGUCUCAUAACAAAUGAGUAAUGAUCAAACAAAAAGAAAGUAAAAUUGUCACAAUAUGAUUCUAUACACCAAUGCUUAAUCACUAAAUGUAUCAUAACAAACGAGUAAUGGUCAAACAAAAAGAAUGUAAAAUUGUCACAAUAUGAUUCUGUACACCAAUUUUACUUUGAUACGAUGGAGAAAUCAUAAAUUUAGGGUUGGAUGGGAUUUCAUGCGUAGCAUUAGUUUUAGGUUGGAAGUUACUAUAAAACUUUGUUGUUGUAUGUAUUUGGUACAAUUCAGUUAUUUUAUUGUAUUAGUUUAGUUGUUAGUCAUUUCUUUUUUAUAAAUUUACCCAUGGAUAUUUUUGUCUGUUUAAAUGUUCCUUUCUCAUCCACCUUUAUAUAUGUUGUGGAUAGAUUGUUUACGACUCGGCAAAUUAGAUUGAUUAGGUACUUGGAAAGAACCAUAUAGCCAAAUUAUGCAUUCAGUAGUAUGUGACCAUUAAAGGACAAAAACAAUGUGAGAGUAAAUGCCUUUGAUCAGAUAAAUAGCUUGCCAUUCGCAGGGGUCAAAAAUAGGAACAAGACAAGUGCAAGAAGAUGCAGCCAGCAUGGAAAAAUAGAUAUGCAUUCAUAAAUAUUUACUCCACACUUGAUGAAUAGGCUUUUGUCAGGGGUGCAGUGUGUAAGCCAAUUAUUAUCUUUUCUACCACCUGACAAUAACACUUCUUAGUGUAGAGUAUAAUUUAUUUGCGAGUUUCCUUGCAGACUAAUUUGAUAGAUUUGUUUUAAAUUUUUGGUAGUCGGGUUAAUAUUUUGUAGGUCUCUCAAAAUAGACAGUUUGUUGCAUUUUUAUAUGAAAUGGUAGUUGUAACGUGUGAAAGCUAUUUGAUAUUAGGAAGUUCAAUUACAAUUUCUUUCUACUGUAUCAAUGUAUCAUCAUAUUAUAACAAAUUAAUAAUGUGUUGUAGGAAGUAGUUCUUAGCUGUUUAGUUUUAUUUUGGGUAAUAAUUGUUCCUUUUGUGUUGUGCGUACUGCUUUUGGCUAAAAGAUGUCUCACUUGCUCAUUUAUUUUUUAUCUUUAGCAUAUAGUGUUGUGACUUUUGUCUUGAAGCCUAUCUCAUGGAAUUAUAUAUACAUGGGUACAAAAUCAUAUUUACAAAGAUGGGCGCUUGCACACUUUCUUUGUGGAACUUGUGUCCUCUUCAUCUUCUUGUUCUUCUUCUUUUUUAACUAAACCAUCAUCUUAUCACACUUUAGAAACAGAGUGAAUAAUAUGAGAACUGAGCAUAAAUUUGAUAAUAUAAUUUACAGAUCCGACUUAUCAUAUAUCAAAUGUUGAGGUUCAUACAAUCCAAUUAGUUGUGGGGUUUGCUUUUUGAUCCUUAAUGGCAAUUGACUUGUAUUAAUGUUCUCUUUUUUUCAUUUGGUUCCAUAGGGCAGGAUCUUUACACUGGUUGAUUGUAUCAUUUAUAAUAAUGUUAUAUUUUAUUACCAUAUUGAUUUAAUAUUUAUUUCAAACUGUGAGCUUAUAAUUGAAAAAUGACAAAUGAAACUGUGAGCUUAUGUAUUUCAAAGUAUUAUAACAAAGUGAAAAUUUGGAUUAGGCAUUCUUUAAGAGGGAACAAUAGACUAGCCUUGUUUGAGGUAGCUGUGGCAUUCUUUUAUGUAGUUGUUAGGGUUUUAGUGACUUAAAAUAUUUUUUGCUUCAUUUUUCCAUUAAUCCUCUAUUAGAGCUAACAAUGUUUCAAGUGUCUGCAUGUCUAUGCAAGGAAAACAGGGGCAUUUUCUCGGAAAAUAAACCUUUGGUGUAGAUUCUUGCAGUUGGAAUGUGAGUCUUCUACACUUUUCAGAGGAACGUGAAUGCAGCAUAUGGAACUCCCAAUUGGUGGGAUAUUCUCAUUUGUUUAUGACUCUAUGUUGUUAAUAUGGCUGACAAUUCUCUUUUUGCCUUUUGAUAUCUGUUUUUUUUUUCCUUUUAAAUGAAUUGAUUUUACAACCAUCUGAAAUUAGAUAUUACCCUUCCGUUCCA